GCGACUGAUUCUCCACUAUAUCGCCGGGACUAAUAGGGCAUCACCAGUGAAGAAUCUUCAUACAGUAACAAGAUCGGUUUGUCACACCGGAGGACUGGAGGAGGAAAUCCGGAUAGAAAGUCCAUAUUCUUCCCCGUGGGGGCGGGAGUGUAGAGUCGUAGAGAUGCAAAGUGGAGUGCAUGGGUGACCAGGAAAGAACAAUUACCCUCUCCUUCCCCCGAUCUCUGCCAACAGUAUCCCCAAGAUCAACCAUUUCUGGGAUUUCCAUACCGAUCUGCUGCUCAACAUGUCCCAGGAAGAAAGAGCAUCCUCCCAUGUGCGUCAACUGCUCCAGUCCCUUACGCUGGAGGAGAAAGUGGCCCUCCUGGCGGGCAAGAACAUGUGGGAAACCGUCAACAUCGACCGCCUACACAUCCCCAGUCUGAAGAUGACGGACGGACCAGCCGGUGCCCGGGGCUCCAAGUGGACCUACGGCUCCCUGACCACCUGGAUACCGUGCGGAAUCUCCCUGGCUGCUACCUUUGAUCCGGCGAUGCUAGAGCAAGUUGGAAGGGUGUUGGGCCAGGAGGCGCGCCGAAAGGGCUGCCAGGUACUGUUGGCACCCACCAUGAACUUAUCGCGCUCGCCCCUAGGUGGUCGAAAUUUCGAGAGUUACGGCGAAGAUCCCUAUUUGGUCGGAGUGACCGCCACGGCGAUGAUCCGAGGUAUUCAGGCACAGGGAGUGGGCGCGUGCAUGAAGCACUUUAUCUUGAACGAUACUGAGACGCGGCGAUUCAAUGUUGACCAAACCAUUGAUGAACGCACCUUACGCGAGGUCUACAUGAAGCCGUUUACGAUGGUUCUCGAUGACCCGGCUAGCACGCCUUGGACGGCCAUGGUUAGCUAUCCCAAGAUUAACGGCCUGCACGCCGACAUCAGCCCACAUAUUCUUCCUCGUCUACUCCGGCAAGAGCUGCAAUUUGAUCGUCUGGUCAUGAGCGACUGGGGAGGGCUGAAUAGUACAGCCGACAGCCUGCGCGCCACAACUGAUCUCGAAAUGCCGGGUCCAGCCGUCCGCCGCGGAGAACGCUUGCUGGCUGCCAUUCGAGCUGGGGAGGUCGAGGUGGCCGCGCAUGUCGACCCGAGUGUCCGCCGUUUCUUGCAGCUCCUGGAGUGCACAGGCCUGUUGGGAGACGCUACAGAGGCCACCGAACACUCCGAAGCUGCUACGGAUGAUCCCAUCUUUCACCGAAUCGCGCGCGAUGCAGCCCAGAGUGGGCUCGUCCUGCUCAAGAAUGACAAGGCCAUCCUGCCUCUCAAGCCGACCACGCUGCAGCGAGUCGCCAUCAUUGGGCCCAACGCUCGUCAGCCCACCGCGGGCGGUGCCGGCAGCGCCGCUGUCAACCCUUUUUACGUCUCGACUCCGGAAGCCUGCCUGCGCGAUGCCCUUCAUGCGGCCAACGCAGAGCUGCAGGUCUCCUACGAGCAGGGGAUCCCGAGCAGCCUGCGCCCGCCUUUACUGGGAAAGCUCUUGACUGUCCCCGACGGGUCCCGGAGCGGCUGGCAAGUUAGCUUCUUUGAAGGUCAUGCGCUGGAGGGUCCGGUGGUAGCGUCUAGUAUGUGGGACGACUCGCUCAUCUAUCUAUUUAGUGAUGGUGAUGUCCCGGCCGUGUUGGACGACCGGCCAUACUCCUACCGUGCCACCGGGGUGGUCACUCCGCAAGAGUCAGGUCGCUAUACCUGGAGCCUGGCAAAUACUGGGAAAGCCAAGCUCUUUGUUGAUGACGAGUUGUUAAUUGACAACACGGAGUGGACUGGUCUGACGGGCGGAUUUCUGGGCUGCUCUAGCGCAGAUAAGACAGCCAGCGUCUAUCUGGAAGCGGGCCGCGCCUACCAGCUGCGGGUGGACAACGUGGUCACGCUGCCAGUGGUAAAGGCAUUUGACAACACGCUAUUCCCGCGGAUCUCCGAAAUACGAGUUGGCCUGGCCUUGGAGCAGGACGAGCAGGAAAUGCUGGCGCAGGCCGUGGCGGCCGCCCGGCAGGCCGAUGUGGCGGUGGUGGUGGUGGGCCACAACAAGGAUUCGGAGGGCGAAGGAGGCGACCGCGCAACGAUGCAGCUUCCCGGUCGCACGGACGAGAUGGUCAGCGCUGUCUGUGCCGCUAAUCCCAACACCGUCGUGGUUGUGCAGUCGGCCAGCGCCGUGGCCAUGCCGUGGGUCGAUGCUGCCUCGGGGCUGGUGAUGGCUUGGUAUCAGGGGCAGGAAAAUGGGCAUGCAUUGGCAGCCGCUCUGCUCGGCGACUGCGACUUCAGCGGUCGACUCCCCAUUACCUUCCCUCGACGGCUCGAAGAACAUGGCUCCAACGCCUGGUUCCCGGGAGAGGCUGCGCAGGACCGCAACACCUUUGGGGAAGGGGUGCGUGUCGGGUAUCGCCAUUUCGAUGCCCAGGGGAUCCCUGCCCUCUGGCCCUUUGGCUUUGGUCUUUCGUAUACACGAUUCCAGCUGACCGACAUUCGGGUCUGCGGUCGCGUGGAGGGACGUUCCCGGGAGUCUCAGUUUGCGUUGAUCCAGGCGCGCGUCUGCAAUGUCGGAGGCCGCGACGGGCAAGAGGUGGUCCAGGUAUAUGUAGCGCCAUCAGCCCAGAUCCGGGAGGCUGGGGAAAUGAGCUUCCCCAAGACUCUGGCGGGCUUCUGUAAAAUUGCUGUACCAGCGGGAGUGUCGCGCGAAGUGUCGAUCCCCAUCCGGGGGUCGGAGCUGAGCUGGUACGAUGCUCGGGUGGCGCAGUGGCGAUUGGAUGCGGGCAAGUAUGCCUGCUGGGUUGGUCGAAGUAGUAGCCAGAUUGAUGCGGAAUUGGAGAUUGAGGUGGCAGAGGGAGAUGACAUAGACAUGGGACACUAG